CCUGCUCUUAUAAGAUUCACAGUAAGUUUGGCUCAGUCUGAAAUGUGCUGGACUGCUUCUCUCCCGAGGCGAUAGUGGGCUCUUUGUGCACUGUUGGUGGCACUUGAGUGGCUGUUGGCUGAUUCAGAAGGUCUUUUUUCUUUAGGUCUCGAUGAAUUUCGGUUCUUUAGAGAUACAACGACUUUAGUAGAGAGAAUAUGAACAUCCAUGUGGAGGGGCUGGUGGCGAUUGUCAUCUUCUACCUGCUGAUUUUGAUAGUGGGAAUCUGGGCUGCAUGGAAGAACAAGAACUCCGGCGUGAUGGAGGGAGCGGAUCGCAGCGAGACUAUUAUGGUCGGCGGAAGAGAUAUUGGAUUAUUUGUCGGCGCAUUUACCAUGACUGCAACGUGGGUCGGUGGAGGUUACAUCAACGGUACAGCAGAGUAUGUAUAUCUGCCCGGGUUCGGCUUGGCAUGGGCACAGGCUCCCUUCGGUUAUGCGCUCAGCCUUGUUUUGGGUGGCCUUUUCUUUGCUAAGCCCAUGCGCUCUCGGGGUUACGUCACCAUGCUUGACCCCUUCCAGCAACUGUAUGGAAAGCGGAUGGGUGGUCUGCUGUUCAUCCCUGCACUAAUGGGGGAAAUGUUCUGGUCAGCCGCCAUCUUAUCUGCCCUCGGUGCCACACUGAGUGUGAUCAUUGACAUUGACAUCAACAUGUCUGUGGUGAUUUCGGCUCUUAUUGCCAUCUUCUACACAUUGGUGGGCGGCCUGUAUUCAGUGGCUUAUACUGAUGUCGUCCAGCUCUUCUGCAUUUUUUUAGGACUGUGGGUGAGCGUUCCUUUCGCGCUCUCGAACCCGGCUGUGUCUGAUAUCGGAGUGACAGCAGUGAAGCAGCUCCAUGCUAAUCAGACUGCAUGGCUUGGGAAGAUAGAAAGCUCUGACAAAUGGAUGUGGGCUGACAACUUCUGCCUUCUGAUGUUGGGGGGGAUUCCCUGGCAGGUGUAUUUUCAAAGGGUUCUUUCUGCCUCUUCAGCUACCUAUGCUCAAGUUCUUUCCUUCCUGGCUGCCUUUGGCUGCAUCAUCAUGGCUAUUCCCUCCGUCCUGAUCGGAGCCAUAGGGGCUUCCACAGAUUGGAACCAGACCUCAUACGGGCCGAUUCCUCCUAUGCAGAAGGACCAGUCGGAUAUGAUCUUGCCGAUUGUGCUCCAGCACCUUUGUCCAGCCUACAUCUCCUUUUUUGGUCUGGGGGCCGUUUCUGCUGCAGUGAUGUCAUCUGCUGACUCAUCCAUCCUAUCGGCCAGCUCCAUGUUUGCAAGGAACAUCUACCAGCUUGCUUUUCGCCAAUCGGCCUCUGACCGUGAGAUAGUAUGGGUCAUGCGGAUCACCAUCUUUGUAUUUGGGGCUCUUGCGACAGCCAUGGCUCUCCUGACUGGGACGGUGUACGGUUUAUGGUACCUGAGCUCUGACCUGGUCUACGUCAUCAUCUUUCCCCAACUCCUCAGUGUGCUCUUCAUCCGGGGCACCAACACCUAUGGCUCUGUAGCUGGAUACUUCUUUGGCUUGAUUCUGCGCAUUGGCGGAGGAGAACCGUACCUCAAACUACCUCCAUUCAUCUACUACCCCGGAUGGACCAUUGAGGAGAAGGUCCAUCAUUUGACCCAUGAGGUGGAAUACCUGGUUAUGCAGAGGUUUCCCUUUAAGACUGCUUCAAUGCUGGCUUCAUUCCUCAGCAAUGUGGCAUUCUCGUAUCUGUUCAAAUACCUGUUUGAGAGUGGAACUUUGUCAGCUAAAUAUGAUUUCUUGGAUGCCGUGGUGGCCAAGCACAGUGCUGAGAUCAUGGACAAGACCACUCUGGUCAACAAGAACAUCAUCGGACUGAAUGAAAUGGCCCCGGUCAAACCGAGACUCAGUGUUACUUUAGCUGCUACCUUCACUAGGAAAGAAACCCUGACAGAAGAGGAGGACUCCAGCCCGGAGUCACCUAUUCACGAAAAUGAGUAGAGCGUUUAUGGUCAAUCCUGAGAAGAAGACUCCAUAAUGUGAACAACAGAGCUUCAUCUGAAAAGUAAAAAAUUAUCUGAUUUUAAAUACGUAAUUCAUUGACGCCACAUCCUUUUCUGGAAUUUUCAUUACUACCUUUUUGAAGGGAAAAUGGAACAGUGUUGACAACUCUGUUGAGAAUGGAAAAUAGAAGAACUGGUUUGAGUGAUAUUUGGAAAAACUUGAUGGUGUUUCUUAUUCUGAGAAGCUGGUGGACUUCUGAUGGUAUGUACGAACCCUGAGUGACUUUCCUUUCCCUUCUUAAGAAAAUGGCGAGACACUGUGAUAAUUCUAGAGAUUUGAUUGCAUUAAUGGGAUAGUUCACACAAAAAUGUUAUGUUAGACAUCUUGGUUUUAUUUUUGUCCACUGAUACAAUCAAAGAUAUUUGGCUUUCAUCGUAUGAGUGGGGACAAAAAUAUCCCCUUUCCACUGAGUGGUACAGUACGGUACGGGGCGGGGCGGUACGGGUCACCUUUAUCAGGAUUGCGUUUCCACUGCAAAGAGGGUACCAAAAUGACUCUAUGUCAUUUUUGUUCCAUAUAAUAUGAGAAACACUUCUCACAAAACAGAUGCUUUAUACACAUAAAUACUUCUGUAUAAAUGUUUAUUAUUAACUUUUCUAUGAACAUAAUUUGAUUACAACUGCAGAUCAAUGACAGUGUGAAACUGAAACAACUGCUAUUAUAUAAAACAAAAAAAUAAAUCCAACAAAUACGAACACAUACAGACCCUUACAGUCUCCGAUAUGUUACCAAUUACAGAAAAACUACACACAGCAUACAUUUAGUCCUUAUUUGGUUUCAAAAACAACACGAAAAAUAGCCCACAGUCAGUGCAAACCUCUCAUCUGUGUCUUUAAUCCUCAGCAGCACAUGUAACCUCUUGUUAGAAAGUAAUUCCAUCAUUCCGAGUUCAUAAUAGGAAAGGAUCUGAAAGCAUCAGGUUUCAAAAGUACUUUAAUAAUCAAGCGCACGUUAUUAUCAUCAGCUCAAAAAAUUAAUUAUUUCAAAUAUAGACACGGAUGCGAGCCCAAGUAAGAAAGCGAAAGCGCUUCAGACUGGCUCGUAAAAAACUACAGGGCACAGGGUAGAAUCUGCUCAUCUUCUUGACUUUGAGGCUGUUCAUCAAGAAGACGACAAGGUUUGUUUGAGCUCGAGUCGACUAUGGUUCGUUAUUAUAUGUAUAUAUUAUUACCGUGCAAUCUCUCGGCUGUGUAUUUAAAACAUGGCGGUUCCUUUGUUUUCAUUCUGGCUUGUUGGGCGAGCGAAUGACGUAUCUCUGUAAAUCAAUAGCGUAGACAGCUGCGCAUCUAGCUCCGCCUUUUCGUACCCUUGGUACCUUUUGCAAAUGUGACCAAAAAAUGGUAUGGUUCGGUAUGCCUUUUGACAGUGGAAAUGGCCUUGAAAGCAUACUGAACCGAACCGUACCGUACCGUACCACUCAGUGGAAAUGGGCCAAAAUAUUGUUUCUGCCACAGGAUAAAAAAGGUUGUUUUUAUCUCACAAGGGACAUAAUUGUGAGCUAUAAUAUCAGAACUGUUAGAUACAAACAGAAGUGAGCAGUAAAUUAUGAUAAAAAUAUUAGUUAAAAUAAAAGUUUAGCUGUGUUCUUACAGGUUUCUAACUUAAUUUCUCACAAUAUUGAGAUUAUUUGUAACAACUCAAAUCAAAUAUCUCAUUAAAAGCUGAAUUUGUGAAAGUUAGCUUGCAUAUAAACUUAUAUAUAAAGAUAUUCUUUAGGAAAAAGUCUAAAUUAUGUUAACUGGUAUAUAAACCUGCAAGGCUGUGCGAUUAAUUGAAAUCGAAUCGCGAUUUGACGCGUUGCGAUAGGCUAAUCCCCCGCCUAGAGCAAAUGUUUGACUGCCGUUUGUGUGUGACAGUCUUACUAGCCAAUUGAGUGUGCACACCCUUGUUCUGCUCAAUCAGAAUUGCGCAACCAAACUAUGCGGAAGCGGACAAGUGGGAUGAUGGCGUCUGCCGCUUCAGAAGCAUUACUAGACAAAUUCAUAUCAAAGAAAAACAGCAUGUCGGUAAUAUGGGAAUAUUUUGGUUUCAAAGUCACAGACACCGUCAAAAACAGGUCAUUUGUAAGAGCUGUCACAGAACUGUUGCCACAGCACGAGGAAUUACAACAACCAGCAUCUAAAAAAGCAUCACAGGUGGAUAUAUGAGGAGUGUCUUGCUAAAAAUUCAACUGAAAGUAUUGCCAGUGACAGUCAAUCUAAUAGCUAGCAACAGCAAAGUACAAUGUCAGAGGUGUUUGUGGCUGUUACACUAUAUGAAGAAACAUCACAAAGGCACCAGGAGACCAUAACUCACUACUGUUUGCUCUAGAGAAAAAUGAGUGUUUAAUUUCUGAAUAUUUAUAAACUAAUUUUAAUUAAAUUUGGAGUAAUUUAAUAUCUUUUCAGUUCCUUUUUUAACUAACUCUCACUGCAUUUUCGCAGUAAUGCCUCAUUCAGACUAGCAGCGACUUUGUAGCUGCCUGUCGCUCUAAGUGGCGACCUGCUUCAAACGCAGGACUGUGUAGAAAUAUACAGCAAGAAUACAACCGACCUCUGAGCGAGCUGAGAGAGGAUCACGUGAGCUCUACUGGUGUUCCUAUUGGCUGUCGCUCAAGAAAUCGCUCUUCAUUUUCAUAAAGUUGAAGUAUUCUCACCUUUGUCACGACUCUCGACACGCCCACCUGGUCGCCAACGGUUACUGUCGCUCACGUUGACGAAGGUUGCCGGAAGUCACUCAUGCUCCGUUAAAAAUGAACGGUCGCUUGUCACUUUGAAGCUACAGUACAGAUAGUUGAGCUGAAGCUUGACUACAAAAUUAAAUCUCAAGUCAAAUCGAAAUCGCAAUAUCUGUUAAAAAAAAUCGCAACUAGAUAUUUUCCCCAAAUCGCACAGCCCUAAAAUAGUUAAAAAUUAUGUUUGCUGCUUGUUUAAACUACUUAUUCAAAAUGAGUUGAAACACCACGAUUCUUAAGUUGUUUUUGAGACAACCUAAUUGUUAUAUGUUAAAUACACUUAAAUUUGUAAAAACAAUUAAUUUAACUUAAUUGAUUUGU